CUGGGGUCUGUCAUGGCCAGUGGCAGCAGUCUAGAGGAUGAAGAAAACGAAGAGGGAACCCUGGAGAAGUUGACAGUUAGGCUACAAAACGUCCAGGAAGGAAAGCAGAUAGAAACCGUGAUCCAAAUCCUAGAAGAUAUGAUGCUGUUAACGUUCACAGAUCACGCUGCCAAGUUGUUUAAAGGCAAAAAUGUCCAUAUCCCCUUGCUACUUGUUUUGGAUUCCUACAUGAGAGUUGCAGGUGUGCAACAGGUGGGUUGGUCACUUCUCUGUAAAUUGACAGAAAUUUGCCCUGAUAUAAUGCAAAGCUUAAUGGGUCCCCAGGAUGUUGGAAAGGAUUGGGAAGUCCUUGGUGUUCACCAACUGAUUCUUAAGAUGUUCACUGUUCACAAUGCUAAUAUAACCCUUUCAGUGAUUGGACUGAAGACAUUAGAUCAGCUCCUAACUUCAGAUUUGAUGGCUUUGAGAAUCUUGGAAGAAGAUUGCAGUGAUGUAUUUACAUUAAUUUUUGAUGCCAUGCAUACAUUUACAGCAAAUGAAGAGAUCCAAAAGUUUGGGUGUAAAGUUUUACAUGUGCUUUUUGAGAAAGUUUCAGAAGAACAACUGACUGAAUUUAUUGAGAACAAAGAUUAUAUGUUUUUGCUGAAUGCAUUAAAAAGAUUUAAUCAUGAAGAAGAAGUUGUUUUUCAUGUUCUUCACAGUUUACAUUCCCUUGCACUCCCAUGUAAUAAUGUUGAAGUUCUAAUGAGUGGAAAUGUCAGAUGCUACAAUAUUGUGGUAGAAGCCAUGAAAACGUUUUCGAACAGUGAAAAAAUUCAAGAAGUUGGUUGCUGUUUGUUACACAGGCUUACGUUGGAUAAUUUCUUUAAUAUCCUGGUUUUAAACGAGGUUCAUGAGGUCAUUGUGAAAGCUGUUAAAAAAUACCCAGAGAAUGCGCCCUUACAGAUUGCAGCACUAAGCUGCUUGGCUCUCCUCACUGAAACCAUCAUUUUAAACCGAGAUUUAGAAGAAAAGAAUGAGAAUCAGGAAGAGGAUGAGGACAAUAAAUUAUGCUGGUUAGAAGCCAGUUACAGAGCAUUGACAUUGCACAGAAAGAACACAGAUGUGCAGGAAGCUGCAUGCUGGGCUUUAAACAAUCUACUUAUGUAUCAAAGCAAUUUACAUGAAAAUAUUGGCGAUGAAGAUGACCAGUAUCCAGCUCACAGAGAAAUGGUACUUUCCAUGCUAAUGCAUUCUUCAUCAAAAGAAGUAUUUCAGGCAGCUGCUAAUGCAUUGUCAACUCUAUCAGAACAAAAUGAUGAGAGUGAGUUUCAGAUUACAGCUGCCGUUUUAUCCCUUCCUUCUUUGAAUAGAGUUUUACACAUACACUUUGAUUAUUUUAUUGGAAAUCCUGGAAUUCAAAUAUGUGGACUAAAAAUCAUUUCUUCUUUAGUAAAUUGUUCUGGUGCAUUAGAAAUGUUUUCUCAACAAGGGGCCCUUGAUUCAGUGUUGCAUACUCUACAGAUGUAUCCAGAUGACAGAGUAAUUCAAUGCCUGGGUUUGAGUCUACUGGGAAGUUUGAUUACAAAAAAGAAUUUGUGCACAGAAACACAGGAUCUACUUGCAAACAUUCUGGUUUCCAGCUUACAACGAUUUAAGGAUGUUGUUGAAGUACAGAUAAGUGGAUUUCAAACAACUUUGGCAAUACUUGAAUUAUCACUCUGCUUUGCAAGGCUGCUGCUAAACUAUCAUUCAUAUGACUCACUAAUUUUUUAUCAGUUAUCCCGGUGUUUCACUGAACAAAUGGAUCAUCAGUUUCAGAAUCUUUGUUGCAAGUUAUUUGCCAAAAUAACUAGUGAUGAUGAUAUUAAAAAUGUACUACUGGUGAGAGCCUGUGAGGAGAAUAAUAGUUUCAUGGCUGAAUGUCUCCUCCUUUUGGGAGCUGAUAUUAAUAAAGUGAAUGGAAAAACUUCUUUGAUCUGCCAGGUUUGUGAAAAGGAAAGCAAUCCCAAAUUAGUGGAACUGUUGCUAAAUAAUGGAUCACGGGAACAGGAGAUUCGGAAGGCACUGAUGAUCAGCAUAAAGAAAAAUAACAGUCAGGUUAUCAGUUUACUAUUAAGGAAGCUUGGCCUGGAUCUUGCCAAUAGCAGCAUUUGUCUCGGAGGAUUUUGUAUUGGAAAAAUUGAACCUUCCUGGCUUAGUCCUUUAUUUCCAGAUAAAUCAUCUAAUUUAAGAAAAAAAACAAACACAGGAUCUGCAAUGGCAAGAAAGAUACUAAGAUAUCAAAUGAAAAGUUUGUCAGAAGAUGGAACAAUACCAAGCAGUGAUGGGAGUUUUCCUGAAGAUCAUCUUGAUAAAUAUGGUGAUUGGACCUUUAUACCUGAGUCUUCUAUAGAUUAUGUAUUUGGUGAUGAUCUUGAUAGUGAAGGAAGUGAAGGUUCCUUUCUUAUGAAAAAGAAAUCAAGCUCUUUUAAUGUGGGAGAUCUUUAUAAAGAUCCUGCCUUGCAGCUUGGUUCAGCAACUUUGGAAAGACAUUCUGCUUCAAUGGAAACCAGUUUCGAUCAUGAAGAAUUAUUGAAGAAAAGAAGAGACUUAUUUUCUUCAGAUGAUUCUGUUCGAUCUUCAAAAUUUCACUCCCAUUUGAGGCAGUCAGACAGCGUUUUUACUCUAACCUCAGAAAGAGAAUGUAUAAAGUCAUUGGACCUUUCAGCAAAUGAACUAGAAGAUAUUGAUGAUAUAAGCAAGAAAUGCUGUUUAAGUGAUCAUUUGACACGUCUUGAGAAACUGGAGCUUCAUCAGAAUUCACUUAAAAGAAUUCCCCAACAACUCUGUGAAACUUUAAAAUGUUUGAAAUAUUUGGACUUACACAGUAACAAAAUCACAUCAAUUCCUGCCUAUUUCUUGAAAAUGAAUUGCAUUGCAAAUCUUGAUAUCUCCCGUAAUGACAUUGGACCUACUAUAAUUUUGGAUCCAUCUAUCAGAUGUCCAACCCUGAAGCUGCUCAAUCUCUCCUACAAUCAGCUAUCCUCUGUCCCUGAAUUUCUUGCAGAUGUCAUAGAAAAUCUAGAACAGCUUCUUUUGGAAGGGAACAAAAUAUCAGAAAUACAUUCACCUUUGCACUUGAAGGAACUGAAGAUUUUAAACCUUAGUAAAAACCACUUAUCCUCAAUAACUGAAGACUUUUUUGAGACGUGUAGUAAACUGGAAGUUUUUAGUGCCAGAAUGAAUUUGCUUGUUACUAUGCCUCGCUUGCCUUCUAGCAUAACCAUUUUAAAUAUUUCACAAAACAAAUUUACAUGUGUUCCAGAAGUAAUUCUCAACCUUCCACAUUUGAGGUCAUUAGAUUUGAGCAGCAAUGAAAUUCACAGUCUACCUGGGCCUGCACACUGGCAAUCAUUAAACUUAAGAGAACUCUUGUUUAAUCAUAAUCAAAUCAGCAUUUUGGACUUAAGUGAAAAAGCAUAUGCAUGGUCACGGAUGGAGAAACUACACUUGUCCCACAAUAAACUGAAGGAGAUUCCUCCAGAAAUUGGUUUUCUUGAAAAUUUAACAUCUCUUGAUGUGAGUUAUAAUUUGGAGCUGAGAUCCUUUCCCAAUGAAAUGGGGAAAUUAACUAAAAUCUGGGACCUUCCUUUGGAUGAAUUGCAUCUCAAUUUUGAUUUUAAGCAGAUAGGAUGCAAGACCAAAGACAUCAUAAGGUUUCUUCAACAGAGGUUAAAGAAGGCUGUGCCCUAUAAUCGAAUGAAACUUAUGGUUGUGGGAAAUACUGGCAGUGGGAAAACUACAUUGUUACGACAGUUAAUGAAAUCUAAAAAAAGAGAGUUGAACCCUCCAAGUACUACAGUAGGCAUAGAUGUAAAAGAUUGGUUUAUCCAGGUGUGGAGCAAAGGAAAGAAAGAGCUGAUCCUAAAUGUCUGGGAUUUUGCAGGGCGAGAAGAGUUCUACAGCACUCACCCUCAUUUUAUGACACAACGAGCACUGUAUCUUGCUGUAUAUGACCUUAGCAAAGGAUAUGCUGAAGUAGAUGCUAUGAAGCCAUGGCUCUUCAACAUAAAGGCUCGGGCUUCUUCCUCACCGGUGAUUCUGGUUGGCACCCAUUUGGAUGUUUCUGAUGAGAAACAGCGAAAGACUUCCAUAAGCAAAAUCACUAAGGAGCUCUUAAACAAAAGAGGGUUCCCCGAAAUACGAGAUUAUCAUUUUGUGAAUGCUACAGAAGAAUGUGAAGCAUUGGUAAAACUUCGGAAAAGUAUCAUAAAGGAGAGUCUGAAUUUCAAGAUCAGAGACCAGCCCGUUGUAGGACAGCUAAUUCCAGACUGCUACUUGGAACUUGAGAAGAAAAUUUUAUUGGAGCGAAAGAAUGUACCCACAGAAUUUCCAGUAAUCAAUCAGAAGCGAUUGGUACAGCUGGUAAAAGAAAGUCAGCUACAGUUGGAUGAGAAUGAACUUCCUCAUGCAGUUCACUUCCUAAAUGAAUCAGGUGUCCUGCUACAUUUCCAAGACCCAGCACUGCAGUUAAGUGACUUGUAUUUUGUGGAACCUAAAUGGCUAUGCAAAAUGAUGGCACAGAUUUUGACAGUGAAAGUAGAAGGUUUUGCUAAAUAUCCGAAGGGUAUUAUUCAGCGUUCAGAUGUGGAAAAGUUCCUUUCAAAGAAGAGUAGAUUUCCCAAGAACUACAUGUCUCAGUACUUUAAACUCCUGGAAAAGUUUCAGAUUGCUUUACCAAUAGGAGAGGAGCAUUUGCUAGUUCCAAGCAGUUUGUCUGAUCAUAGACCUGUGAUAGAACUUCCCCACUGUGAAAACUCUGAAGUUAUUGUUAGGUUGUAUGAAAUGCCUUAUUUUCCCAUGGGAUUUUGGUCCAGACUAAUCAGUCGAUUACUUGAAAUUUCUCCUUACAUGCUUUCAGGAAGAGAACGGGCCCUUCGCCCCAAUAGAAUGUAUUGGAGACAAGGCAUCUACCUGAACUGGUCUCCUGAAGCCUAUUGCCUGGUAGAAUCUUCAAUUCUGGACAAUAGCUCAGAGAGUUUCUUGAAAAUUACAGCGCCUUCCUGCAGAAAAGGUUGUAUUAUUUUGGGACAAGUUGUGGAUCACAUAGAUUCUCUCAUGGAAGAAUGGUUUCCUGGUUUGUUGGAAAUAGAUGUUUGUGGUGAAGGAGAAACAUUGUUAAAGAAAUGGGCUUUAUAUAGUUUUAAUGAUGGUGAAGAACAACAAAAAAUACUACUUGAUGAUUUAAUGAAGAAAACUGAAGAAGGAGACCUCUUAAUUAAUCCAGAUCAACCAAGACUCACUAUCCCGAUAGGCCAUAUUGCUCCUGAUUUAAUUUUGGCUGAUCUGCCUAGAAAUAUUAUGUUGAAUAAUGAUGACUUGGAAUUUGAACAAGCACCAGAAUUUCUUUUAGGUGAUGGUGGUUUUGGAUCAGUUUAUCGAGCAUCCUAUAAAGGAGAAGAAGUAGCUGUGAAGAUUUUUAAUAAACAUACAUCUCUUCGGCUGUUAAGACAAGAGCUAGUGGUGCUUUGCCAUCUCCAUCACCCCAGUCUGAUAUCUUUGCUUGCUGCUGGUAUUCGCCCCCGAAUGUUGGUAAUGGAAUUAGCUUCAAAGGGCUCUCUAGAUCGGUUACUUCAACAAGACAAAGCUAGCUUAACCAGAACACUCCAGCACAGAAUAGCACUACACGUUGCUGAUGGCUUACGAUAUCUGCAUGCAUCAAUGAUUAUAUAUCGUGAUCUGAAGCCUCAUAAUGUUCUGCUUUUUACCCUGUAUCCUAAUUCUGCAGUCAUUGCCAAGAUUGCAGACUAUGGUAUUGCACAGUACUGCUGCAGAAUGGGAAUAAAGACAUCUGAAGGAACAGCAGGAUUUCGUGCACCUGAAGUUGCCAGAGGAAAUGUAAUUUACAACCAGCAGGCUGAUGUCUAUUCAUUUGGUUUGCUGCUUUAUGAUAUUUUGACAACAGGAAGUAGAAUUCUAGAAGGAUUGAAAUUCCCAAAUGAAUUUGAUGAGUUAGCUAUACUUGGGAAAUUACCGGAUCCAGUAAAAGAAUAUGGUUGUACUCCAUGGCCUAAGGUAGAAAAUUUAAUUAAGAAAUGUCUGAAAGAAAAUCCUCAGGAAAGGCCAACAUCUGCCCAGGUAUAUGAAAUUUUGAACUCAGCUGAAUUAAUAUGUCUCAUGAGAUAUAUUUUAAUACCCAAAAUUUUUGUAGCAGAAUGCAUGGUUGCUACAAAUCAAAGCAGCAAGAAUGCAGUUAUCUGGCUGGGUAGUGGGAACAAUGAUGCUGGACAACUAUCCUGUCUUGAGAUAAAUUCUGAAAGACACACCUCUGAGGAUGUGACAGAGAGCAGAAUAUUGUGUCUUGCCCUUGUGUGUCUUCUGGUUGAAAAGGAAAGCUGGAUUGUAGCAGGAACACAGUCUGGUACCCUAUUGGCAGUGAAGACAGAAGAUGAUAAAAAGAGCCACACACUUCAAAGAAUGACUGAUUCUGUUACUUGCUUAUACUGCAAUUCUUUUUCCAAGCAAAGCAAACAAAAGAAUUUUCUUCUGGUGGGAACAGCAAAUGGCAGGUUGGCUAUUUUUGAGGACAGAAGCGUUAAGGAUGAAGGAGCUCCUCCUUUGAAGACAUUAAAUAUAGGAAAUGUAAGCACUCCACUAAUGUGUUUAAAUGAAUCCAUCUAUUCAUCAGAGAAAAACAUAAUCUGGGGAGGAUGUGGCACCAAGAUUUUCUCACUUUCCAGUGAUUUCUCCAUUCAAAAAUUUAUUGAGACAAAAACCAAUCAACUGUUUUCUUAUGCAACAUUCAGUGAUUCCAACAUCAUUUCAAUCGUGGUGGACAAAGCUAUCUAUGUGGCUAAGAAAAACAGUCAUUUUGUUGAAGUAUGGGACAAGAAGACAGAGAAACUUUGCGUACUCAUAGACUGUGUGCAGUUUUUAAAAGAGCGUAUGGUAAUAUUAAGCAAGGAAUCAAAACAUAAAAUGAUUUAUUCUGGAAGAGUAAAGACCCUCUGCCUGCAAAAAAAUACUGCCCUCUGGAUUGGUACAGGAGGAGGUCACAUCUUACUGGUUGAUCUUUCAACACAUCGCAUCAUACACAUAAUUCAGAACUUUUGUGAUUCUAUCAGAGCAAUGAUGACGGUCCAGUUAGGGAGCCUAAAAAAUGUCAUGCUGGUUUUGGGGUACUGCCAAAAAAAUAGUGAAAGUACUCAGCACCAAAAAGAAAUGGAGUCUUGUUUGUCUGUAUGGGACAUUAACCUACCACAUGAGGUUGAAAACUUGGAGAAGCACACAGGAGUUAGAAAAGAAUUAGCUGAAAAAAUGAGAAGCAUUUCCAUGGAGUAAGAAAACUCAGAAAGUAUUGUAGGCAGCCAAAAAGAAACAAUU